UACGAAGACCCCAUAGUCCGCUGCGCUCUCGCGUGAUUCGUUUUCUCCUCUGUUAGCUAGGGCGUUGGGCCCCAUUUCUUUUGCUUCGAAUUAUUUGUGCUUGCAUUGCCUGUUGAACGUAUUAGAUCGCUUUUUUAUUUCUUGGAGAUCGUCGUCGAAUCGUGAACAGUGUGGGAGGGUCGGUAAUUAUCGUGGACAAAGGCGGGUCCAUUCUGUGUGGACCCUGGCUUCAGCAACAUAUGAGAGGAAGUUUGUCGCGCCCUGGCGACGGGUCAUGACCUGAUGUCGUUAUCCCUCGCGCCCUGCUCUGAGGGCCGCCGCCGUCAGCACCACCGCCAGCGCCGCCGCCGCCGCCGCCGCCCCGGAUGCGUCGGCCGCGGCCGCCGUCUAGCCAUGGCGUCCUCCAGUCCCAGCCAGGAGCGGCCGUACGACUACCUGCUCAAGAUCCUGCUGGUGGGCGACAGCGACGUGGGCAAGGGCGAGAUCCUGAGCCGGCUGGACGCCGAGCCGACCGACUCGCCCUUCAGCUCGCUCACCGGACCCGACUGUAAGACCACCAUGAUCCUGCUGGACGGAAAGCGGGUGAAGCUGCAGCUGUGGGACACGUCGGGCCAGGGUCGCUUCAGCACCAUCCUGCGCUCCUACUCGCGCGGCACGCAGGGCGUCCUGCUCGUUUACGACAUCACCAACAAGUGGAGCUUCGACAGCAUGGACCGCUGGCUCAAGGAGGUCGACGAGCACGCCCCCGGCAUCCCCAAGAUCCUGGUGGGCAACCGCUGUCACCUGGCCUACAAGCGGCGCGUCUCCCUCUCCGAGGCCGAGGCGUACGCCGCCGACAACCGCAUGGCCUUCUUCGAGAUGUCGCCCCUCUGCGACUUCAAUAUCCUGGAGAGCUUCACCGAACUCAGCCGGCUGGCGCUCUACCGCAACGGCAUGGAGCGGCUAUGGCGAGCAAAUAAAGUGCUCAGUCUGCAGGAGCUGUGCUGCCGGGCGAUCGUGGCCCGGACCACCGUGUACGGCAUCGAUCAGCUGCCGCUGCCGGGCGCGCUGCGCGGCUACCUCAAGUCGUACGCCGAGUGUGGCUACCGCACGCUGCGGCCGCAGCGCGCCGGCUCACAGCGCGCCAAGCACCGGCGGCGCAUCAUCACGCCGCAGACGUACCUGGCGGCAGUGAGUUCGUUCGGCGCCCAGCAGCCCCUGCCGCCGCCGCUGGCCGCCGGCGACACGGCCCAGGGCUGCAGGAACGGCUCGCAGCUGUUCGAAUACCUGUAUGGUUGGCGGUACGCGGCCGACACCGAGGCCGGAGAGCCGUGGGUGCUGCUGGCCGAGCUGCUGGCUGACCGAGACGUCACGCAAGCGGUGGAAGGCGUGGGGCCGGGCGGCGGGCGCCGGCGGCGGAGGCGAGCCCCUCCCCGAGCUCGAAAGGCCGGCACUCGGGCCCAUACCAGACCCGGCAGACCGCAGGACGGCGGCCAGCAAGACGAGAUGGAGAUGCGUCAGUCAGUCGCCUUUCUGGGCGACAUCGCGUUUACCUUGCCCCUAAUCACCUUCGACGUGCCGUUCACGGGCGUGGAGAUACCAAUGCUUGACUAUGAUUCUCGUGACUAUUUCACUGUGUGAUCCGCCGGUACGCUGAUGCUGGUGCUGUCGUGUGCUGGCCGCGAUAUUAGCAAUGAUUUUGGUGCGGGCGACCGGGCGUGUGAAAGGCGCGCUGUUGGCACCUAAUGGUGGAAUUUUGGAUCGAGCUUCCGCGUUUGAGGCCAAAGCAAGCGCGCGUCAGCUUCCGAGGACCAGGGU